UCGGUUUUUCUAGUUUCUUCUUCGCGGUUCCCCGUGUUCGCGGGUUUCUCGUUCCCCAUAGAUCUUCAGUUGAAAUUAGCAGAUAGUAGUAUGGAGCAAAGGAGGGUAGCAGAAGGGAAGGACUCACUUUUCUCAGGCGACUUCAUGGGUGGUUUCCCCGGAUUUGGUUUAUUUGGAUCACGUAGAGGGAAGAAAGAUGGGGCACCGGAACUUGUGAUUCAAGAAAUAUGCUCUGAUGAUGAGGAGAGGGAGGAAGAUGAUGACCUUAGGGAUCAGAGACAUGGCAGGAAUGAGAAUAAUUCUAGGUCGGGCCAGGAGCCAUCCGUUGAGCAUCCUGAUGAUUCCAAUGAUGAGCGCCAGAUAAUGACUCAAAGAAGUAGUGAGAAUAGUAGCUUUAGAGUUCAGCCAAAGGCUGGUAAAUCCAGUAUCCAUUCAUGCAAGGUCACGUAUGGGGGUGUAGAUGGAGCAUACUACUCUUCGACCAGAACUAGAAGGGUUGACAAUGAGGGAGUAUUGCUUGAAGAGACGAAAGAAGCAGAUAAGACAACAGGUCAGGCCACUCAUAGGGUCUCGAGAGGAAUUCAUGAUAAGGGUCAUUCAGUUACGAGGAAACUGAACCCGGAUGGCAAAGUGGACGUAGUUCAAACUCUGCAUAAUCUGGACGAAGGAGAGCUUCCUGGUUUUGAGCAAGCAUGGAACGGCAAUUUUCAAGGGCAUAGACAGGUUCCAAAUGCUGGAUUCCAUCACAUGGAUCCCAAUUUUGAUUCCAGUGGCAGUAGGAACAGUGAGAUUUCAAGUUGGGGUUUUCCAUUUUUGGCUGAAAGGAGAAUUGAAAACGAUGGUGGAAGGGACAGUUCUAGUUCUUGUAGAACCAAAAAGGUAAUCAGGAUCAACAUAGAAUAGAAGGUGAAUGACGACAAAGAGAUAUUGCAUAGAGUUGACGAAAGUAAAUAAAAAAUAAUAGCAUCUUUUCUCUUGAGGGGUUAUAGUUUUGUAACGUUUCAGGUUACUUCUUGGAAAUUCAAACAAUUGAUUCAAAUACUGUAGUAUUGCUCUUGCUACCACUAGAAACAUUUUGUUAUGGUUAAGAAGUUUCAGUUGUUUCAA